GAUGCAUGACCAAGAGCCUUCAGCUAGGUGAGUCCAUUACAACUAAUGUGGUCAGCACCCGAUGUCGAAGACUUACAGAGCUAUUUAUUUCGGGGAUCUAUUUACCGCUACAUUAUGAUUUAUCAAUACCUCCUUCCUGUUUUGUCGUUAAUAUUCCUAGGCUCCUACCCGGCGGCAUCCGUGAACCUUCGCCACUAGAUACGGAGGCCUGUUAAGCAAAAUCUUCCAAUCCAUCCAGAACUAUUUAAACUAUUCGAAUUGGAUCGUGACGCGCGCGCUUUAUUAACGAGAAGUCUAUAAUUAUUUGCAUUUCCCAAAGGUUUGCUGUCCUUACGCAACAGAAGUACAAAGUUUGAUUCAAAGAAUCUGUCCUGAGCUCAAUGUUCGGUUCCUAUCCAGCGUCAUCAGUGAUCCUUCGCUACUAGAUAUGGAGGCCCGUUAAGCAAAAGCUUCUAUUCCAUCCAGAACCAUUGGAACGGUAUGAAGACGCGUAGUGCAGAAAUGGAAGCUCCAAAUAUUGCUGCGAUUGUUAAAGCUCGACAUCAUGCGCGUGUACUUUGCCCUUCGAGUGGACAUUUAGUAGGAAACACACCAAACCAGUUAAUUUCUCCUGGAAUAUAUGAAUCUGCUGAGGGCGGUUGUAAUGUAAACAACUUUUAUAGUGCAUCUGGAACAAGUGGUCAGACACUAUGCGAUUAUGUAAAGAUCUCAGUAGACGAUAAACCACACAAAACUCGUUCUGAAAAUGCUCCGAGAUUGUUACGCGGAACUUGGUCACCUGAUGAUAGACGUCUAUUUUUCCAGGCCGUGAGAAUGUACGGGCGUAACUUCAGUGAAAUCACACGUUUCGUUCGGUCUCGUGGACAUCGUACAUCAAUCGAUCACCAAACUGGGUCAUCAAGUGGCAAUAUUGAACUAACUUUGAAUAGUUUGCACUCUGGAAAUAAUUUUGUCUCUUCAAACAGUUUAUCAUCUGCCCUCAUCCCAUCUAAUUUAAGCGCUCCGUGCCCAAGCAACAUUACUCAACCUAGUGUUGGAAUGAGCACACCCUGUACCGGUAGUUCUGAUUUAAAUACACCUUGUGGUGGUCGGACUCGUGAACAAGUUCGUUUCUUUUAUCAACAAACUUGGCAUAAAGUACGUCGUUACACUAAAUUUCCCGAAGAGGUCCCACAACAUGUUAGGGAAGUUUAUGCAAUUGUCAAUUAUUCUGUGCUGCGUACACGCAUUAAGAAACCAUUGGACCACCGAUUGGGAGAAAAAUUAAACGAAUUGGUUCAUUGUGGGCCAAUGUGAAAUUAUACCUUACUAGAACGUUCUCAGCAGUGCUUAUCAAUAAACGGAUAUUGCUGAAGGCCUUGUAUGUGAAUUCGUUUGGUUGCUUGAACUUGUGUACCACUGUAAUCAAACACAAUGGGCGGCGUUUUUUGUUACGUACUCCUGUUUGUCCUGCUUUGAAGCAAUUGAAUAACAUCUCUGCACCUACACAUGAAUUCCUACUUCCUGAAGAUGUAUGGAUUGAAUUAGUUCCACGGACACAAACAGAUGCAUGGAGAGUAAUAGAGGCAGAGCAAAAUCCCCGUUUAAGACUACGCGUUGAUAUUAAUCGUCAACUUUCAGAUGUUAUUUUUCUAGUGGAAAACAAAUGGCAAUUGGCUGCUGAGCGUAUGAGAACACUUCUUGGUUUCCCAGCCGUCCACGAAUCCACAGUCCCAUCGGUUAUGCUCAACUUAUGCUAUAGUCAAGCUAUCGAUGGUGCCAUUCGCAUACAAGAAGUGGCGCGAAUUCGUUCAGGAGACAUUGGAUUACGUGCUUAUUUAGAUCGAAUGGAUACCAAACUCCAUAAAUCUAGGAUGCAGUCAAAUGUAUGCCCCACAGGUAUAUUCUAAAGUAACUAAACUGUGUAUCAUCUUUUUUCUUAGAAUUUUAACUUUUUAUUUGUCAAGCCUACUGUGAAAUUUCAAAGGUAAUUCCACUCAAAUAUUAUUAGAUUAUGAAUGGCUAGUGAAAUAUAUGUUUCUUUUAAAGGAAUGUGUUAAAUCAUACAAACUGUUGUUAUAUAUCACUGACAUAGACUAGAUAUGACUUCAACUUGACUUUGCUUUGUAACUUCAUAGUUUUUCAGGUGUUUUUAGGAGAAAGAUAACGAAUACAGAAUCUUGUAAUAUACACUGUCUGAGAAAGCUAUUGGAAAACUAGACUGUACACCAUUUUUGAAAAGUCAGUCAGUCAGCUACAACGUAGGACCAGGCACAUACAUGCAUCGGUCCAAGUUGCCAUACCUCAUUAGCACAGCAAGAUGAACACCGGACUCAUAGGAGUAGUUAGGUCAAAGGUGGUAAUAUAUAGGAGAAAGAUUGCAUAUAAGAAUAUAUUAUAGGAAGAAAGAAUUAGUUAGUAGAAAGAAAGAUAUGAAGUGAUUUUAAUCUCUUAGUUUAAGGGAAGACAGAGAGUGUAUACACCUACGCCAUAGUGAUCGAUUCUGAGCCAUGUCGCCAAGAGUCUUCAACCAUUGGUUACGAAAGUCACGCGGACCCCAACCAAGUAGUCUGCAUCUACCAACAUGGAUCAGAUUAGAAUUUAGUGACUUCAAGCACUGAUGCCACGUUUUGGUUUGGCCGCCCCUAACUUUCUUCCAACCAUCUCCAACACCGGUUAGCAUUGAACUUCGUGGUAAUCGGUGUUCAGACAUACGUAACACGUGGCCCAACCAUCUCAGUCGAUGAAGAUUCACAACCUCAUCAAUUGAUUUACCAUCAUUCCCUAAUAUCCUGCCUCUAACCUCACUAUUACUUACCCGGUGAUCCCAGCAAUAUUUCUAAGGCAUCUGUGGCCAAAUACUAGUAGCUUAUGAGUGUCUUCCACUAUUAAUGGCCAUGUUUCGCUACCGUAAAUUAAAACAGAAUGGACUGCCGCGCAGUAUACUCGUCCUUUGUUGAUAGACGAAUAUCUCGUCUUCGCCACAGGUGACGUAGGUUGGCAAAAGCCAAGCGAGCUUUUCGAAUCCGUGCUGAGAUUUUGUCAGACACCAACCCAUUAGGACUGAUCAGACUUCCAAGAUAAGUGAAGUUGUCAACGCGUUCGACUACUUCACUCCCUAUCCUUAGUUCAUGUGUUGAUGCAGACCAGUCCUGAAGCAGCAGCUUGCAUUUAGAAGGAGAGAAGCGCAUUCCGAACAUUCUGGCAUUGUUGCUUAGUGCUACCAAAAAACUCUGUAUUUUAUCAGCGUCUCCACCAAACAGGACUAUAUCAUCUGCGUAUUCUAAGUCGAUAAGUGGACCUCCUGGAAGGAGAUCAAUACCCGAGAAUUCAGUAGACGUGAAUGUUAUUUCCAUCAAUUGGUCUAUGUUCAAGUUAAACAAAAAUGGGAGAAAGUGGACAGCCAUGACGGACACCACUUGAGGUUGCAAAAGCAGAUGACAGUUCGCCAUAAGCUCUGACUCGCUUGGUAGUGUUCGGGUAAAGAGCCUUCACAAGGUUUAUGUACUUCCGAGGUAUGCCUUUCAAUGACAGACACUGCCACAGAAUCUCGCGGUCUACCGAGUCAAAUGCUGCUUUCAAGUCGAGAAAGACCACCAUUGUCGGACGCCGAUAAGUAUGCCUAUGUUCUAGAACCUGACGAAUGGUGAAUAUGUGGUCGAUGCAGCCACGACUAGGUCUGAAGCCAGCUUGGUUCUCUCGUGUUUGCAGUUCACGAGUCUUAGUUAGGCGUCUGAUAAUUAUCGAGGCUAGUAUUUUAGAUAGUAUAUUAGUUAAACUAAUCCCUCUAUGGUUGUCAAAGUAUGAUUUUAACCCUUUCUUAUAUAUUGGGACGAUAAGUGAUUGUGACCAGUUAGAUGGGAUAACGUCUAACUCCCAGAUCUUAGCUAAAAUAUUAGUCAACCUAAUCGCUAAAAUUGGACCACCAUCCUUAAAGACCUCUGGAGCCAGUCCAUCUGGACCAGCUGCCCUUCCUCGUUUCAGAUUAACUAUAGCCUUUUGAACUUCUGCUAGAGUUGGAGGACCUACUUCAAUGUUCCAUUCACACUGUCUGAGAAUGGAGGGUAGUUGUAGAGUAGCUGAAGGCCAGCUGAACUGUUCUCUGAAAUGUUUCACCCAUCGUUCUAAACGUCUGGACUGGGAGCAGAUGAGAGUGUCGUCUUUUUCCGAAAUAGUCUGACUUACACUUGACUUAUUAAUUCCAGUUUCUUUUAUUAGUCUAUAGAGCUGUCUUGUGUUCCCUAUAGCCACUGCCUUUUCCAUUUCUUUUUCUUUCGUUGCCCACCACUGCUCACGGUCGUUUCUUAGACUUUUGCUUAACCUAGAUCUGAUUUGUUGUCGCUCUUCAUUAUGUUCGGAACCUGAUGGGAUGAGUUUACGAGAAUCUAUCAGUGCAAUAGACCUUGAAAAAAUUCAUUGGUUCUUUGUAACCCUGUGGUUUAAAUCACUGAUAAAUGUCACUGCUGUUUCCACAGCUGUUUGUAUAUCUUUCCAAACAACAUCUGGGUCAGCCUCGUUUUCAGAACUACCUAAGUGUGACCUCAGUUGUUCGUGGAACCUACUUUUGGUUUUCUCGCAACUCAAUUCAGUUCUAAUGGGUCUUUUUAAUGUGGCUUUUUUGCGUCCAAUGAGGCGCAAGCAGAUGCGUGCCCGUAUUAGGGCAUGGUCGGAGUCCAAGCAGGUACUCCUGAAUGAGCGACAAUCUUGUACCGACCCUCUCCAACGAUGACUGAUGGCAAUAUGGUCUAUUUGUUAGACGAUGUCUCUCCUUAUGCUUAAAAUUUGUGUUUGCUAAAAAAAACGAUUGUCUGAGCAUAGUUGCAGCAGACGAUCACCAUUAUCUGUUCGUUGUGCCGGAAUACUAAUAUACCCACCUAAAUGCCUUUCUGUUCGGUUUAAACUACCUAUCUUGGCAUUGAAGUUACCUGCUUCGAGUACUAUGUCUGAAGGUUUAGCUUUCUGAAGAAGUUCAGAAAGCUUUCUGUAAAAUUCAUCUUUCACAUCAUCUGAGCUGCAGUCAGUGGGAGCGUAGGCAAGAACGACGAAAAGGCAACGACGUGUGUCCCUAUCCUUCCGAGUUCUUACGGAGCCGUUUAGCCGAACAGCACAUAAACAACUGUUAAUGGGGAUCCACUUUAACAGUGCUUGUUUCGCCCUCAUGCUUAGUGCUAUGACUACUCCUGCCAGUUCACGAGAGCUGGCCGUCAGGGCACCAGAUACACGGAGGGUGUAUCUCGUUUGCUCUCCGUUUUGCCGAGGUGAGGUCAAGUGAAUGACCACACUGGGAUCCUGUAUGCGUGCUUCAGAGACACAGCAUACAUCAAUGGUACGAGAUUCUAGGGUUCUAGCCAAGGAAGCCUGCUGACCGAUUUGACAUAGAGUGCGUACGCUGAAGGCUCCAAUGUGUAGUUUGGAGCGAGGUUUCAGUAGACCUGAGACAGUAUUUUGAGCACUAGAAUCGUUGGUUAUGGUGACACUUGAGGAGGAAGCCAAAAGAGGAAGUUCAGUGUUGAAAGUCGAUGUAGGAGAAAUAAUAGGAAUUGAAGAGGGAGGUUGAUUAUGAAUACAUUGGUCUUGAGUGCUGUUAGAGGUAUGAGGGCGGUUAUCACUUCCCGGUUGCCCACACCGUGGAAGGGUUGUUCUGGAGGUACCUGAAAAGGAAAUUUGAUUAGAGGUGGCCUUAGUGACCUGGGAGCGUGACCGCAGUACCCAAGGGACAACUGCUUGAGGUCGGUCACACACGACCUUUUUAUGGGUAAUUUUUGUGUUAGCUCCGUACUUGUUGAGACCUUACCGCCGGAGACGGAUAUCCGUGAGAUAAUGCGGGGUGUGCAUUUUUAGGGUUGACCUUUUCUAACCCCACCCGUCCUUGUGGGAAGGCAGCAUCGCUGUCACGCUGCUGGUUGUCUGAAGGAAACACCUUACUGCUGUCACACCUCUGUACAGUCAGCAGCACGACUUCGCCUUCGGACCUUAGGUUUGUUGCUUUUUUUCUUACCGAUCUUCAACCGACCUGUCUGACAUGGUAGGACCUUGAAGAACGGUUGUUCCAGCCAGUAUAGCUCGGUUGCUUCAUCACGAUAGGCAAGCCCGACCACCACGUUAAGGUGGCAACAACGGUCGGGAUUUCUGAAAAGUAAUUCAUUUAACUUGUAGAUGACAAUCAUCCGUUUAUUUUUGAACUACAAAAAGCUGACAUAAAUUAAUCAAAUUUGACCCUAAUUUUAAUAGUAUAUGACAUUUAAAGUGUGUAAAGUUUGUAGGAUCUAGUUGAUUACUUUCAAAGACCUUCCUUGAAUUUGGCUAAUAAAUCUACCAUGUGUAGUAGUGUUUGAGCGUGAUUAAUGGACCGUAUGUAUUGCUUUAAACUUUAAUCAAAAAUUGAUUAACAUUUUUAUAAACUACGUACGUAUUUAGUAAAAUGAAUAUUUCUUAUAAAACAAUAAAACACCGAAACAAUAUUGUGUCUCAAUUAUCAAUAGUUUGUUCUUGAAGACAUGAAUAAUUUAGCUGAAAUUAAGUAUUAUGAGACCAAAUUAUCUAUUGAUUUUCAUAAUCACUCAACAAUUCAUUCAAUCAUUUCAUUCUGACAGUUGAACAAGGUAUUGAAAAGAAGUGAAAUAUUUUGAUUUGCAUAAAUCAGUCACACUUUUUAAAAAAAACUUAACAAAAUUAAUUCAUUCACAACGUAAAUGUGAUUGAGAUAUGUACUAAUUAAAUUCACGGUGAUAAGGGUGGUUUUAAAAUUAGUUUUUCAAAGAAAAUCAGUUAGGAUUCGUCAGGUCUAGAUUUUGUGUUUCAGGGUAUUAGGUUUUUUAAUUUAUGUAACAAAAAGCUAAAAUAUAAUGCUUUCAUGGAAAUUAAAUUUUAUUGUUCCUAGGCACGUUAAAUAGUCUCAAAAGAUUUUAUGAAACCAGAAAAUUGAAAUGAAUCAGUUGUAGUAAUAUGGUGUACACGGAUUAUCAAAUAACGUCAACAUAAUCUUUAAUUAAAGCUGAAUCUCUAGCUUCAUUUGAUUUUUUCCAAGGUCAUCAUAAAUGUUUGUACAGCGGUAGUUUUGUAAUGGCAAACAAAUGCUUGACUGUUGUAACUACGUUAGUUGAGUUUGCUAAAUACUCGGUAAACUUACUGCUUUCUGUGUAAUGCCUUAUCAUUGUCUUCGUCCAACACUUACUAAAUGUAAAUCAGCUCAUGCCACAUAGGUUCAAAGAUCCUUGCUUCCUUAAUUUGGUAGGACCUAGAUGUAGUUUGUAGCAGUAGAAUUCAGGAAAACUGGACCUGGCGCCUUUAUAAAGUUGAGUCUAUGUAACAUGCCUCUACACGUUUUCAGACUAUGAAACACUAGUAUAUCUUACUUACGCCUGCUACCCAUAGUGGAGCAUAAGCCCCCGACUAGGACUCCAACAAAUUCAGUCUUCAGCUUCCCUCUCCAGUUAUUACCAAAUGUUAUUCAUUCCUUCGAUGUCUACCUCCAAUCCCCGACGCAAUAUGUCCCUUGAUCUGCCUCUUUUCUUCUGAAUUCCUAGUUAAGGCUUGCCUCGUGAUCCAGCUUAAUGAUAUCUCCUCAAUAUAUGUCCUACCUACAUCCAGCGUCUUUUCUAAUUUCCUCUUCAUUUGGAAGUUCGUUUGUUCUCUGUCAAUAAUCGGUUGUUGCUGAUGGUAUCCGUCCAACAAAUAUUAAGUAUCUCGCUUAGACAAUUGUUUAUAAAUACCUUUACUUUUUUGAUUAUGAUUGUAGUUGUUCUCCACGCAAAUAUACUUACUGAUGUAUGACUGUAGUGACAAACAGUAACCGAUAAGCAACAAUCUACUUAAUUGACUUUAAAGUCUUCUGAUAAUUCAAUUAAAUUACCUUAGUACACUACAGAUAGCUGAUUUCGAUGGUUUUUUCUAGUCACGGCUUAUAGCCAUUCAUCUGAAUUACCUAUAUAAUUGUUGUCACUUAACAAUUUUUUCUUCUUUAUGGAUAUUAAUCCUACAUAUAUCAUUUUAUUCGUCUGAUUUCCCAUGAAUGUAAUUCGUCAUCUUGGAAUUUUCUCAUCGAAUAAGGAUCCACAGAUAUUAUCUUUGUGUGUGGUAAGAACUCUGGCAAUGAUGUUAAAUAAAUACGUUCCUUGAUAAUGUUAAAAUGUUUGAAAUAAGUUUCUCGUUUUUUAGUUGCAUAAUGCGACUUAAGAACUGGUUUAUAAUUAUUUUGAGUGUGAAGCUAGAGAAUAAAUUAUUAAAAGGGUUAGGAGUUACGUAGCCAAAGUGUCUCACCAAUCUUAUGAAGUUGGGUGAUGAAAUCUCUUCACGGAUAGUAUAUAUAUAUAUAAAGUUCUUAUGCAUUUUAAUUCAUCUUCUAACCCAAUGAACUUCUCGCUCAGUAACCGUCCGAAGGCUUGUAUAUAGGAAAUUUUAUGUAACCUUAUCAAUCCUGUUCACCUCGCAUCACGAAAAUGCUAGAAUAUGAUCACCAAAUUUACGUGAAAUGAUUCGAAAUUGGUAUUAACAACUUCUUGUCUUGUCCUCAACUUAAUAUUAUUCUAUAUUAUCAAUCUGUCUAUCCUUUAUUUCAAGUAACAGAUGUUAAAGGAUUAUUAUUGUCAUGAUAGAAUAAGAUAUAUAUCCAGUCCUGUCUAGUUCUAGAAAUUCUUUUUAUUUGAAUAUUCUUAAAAACAACUUUAAGUUUAACUCGUAGGCUCCAAUUCAGUCAUCGUAAAAAUGAAGCUUUUGGAUCUUGUAAAAAUGUACCUGUUUAAUAUAUAUAUAUAGUCAUCCAACAGAUGGUGAAAUCCUUUCAAGAAAACAUUUUUGGUAAGAAAAAAGUAUAAUUGGUUAAGUUACAAGAUAUGGUAAGAUGCUACUUCUGAGUAAUCGAGCAAAAUUAUCUGAGAAUAAGAGACACUAUGCAGCUAUCUAAACCGAAGUAAAUAAAGCAGAGUUCUAGUCUAAGACUCAAUGAUUAGAGCUAAUAGCACAUCAUCAUUACACAACUCUACAAUGCAGAAUUCUUUUAAAUUCGUUGUCAAAAAAUAACGUUUUAUGAGUACUAGCAAGUAAAUAGUGCUAAAAUACGUUAAAACAUUAGUUCAAUGUUACUUUAUUUUAAAUGUUAAUCGUGGUGAUAUCUGCUUUUGAUUAAAAUCAACCUGAGGAACAUUUGCAUUUCGGUAGAAGUAAGUAGUUCAGAUACAACAAUACAUAAAUGAAUCUCCGAAAUUUUCUCAUAGAAUUGGUCAUAUACCAUACAGUAUUAUUUUCUCAUAUUAGCAUUUUCUUUAUAAGGUUGCUUUCAAUGAAUUUCAAAAUUUUCCUGAAUCCUCAUUCAGGCCUUCGGUUUCCACUGCUUCAUUCAAUGAUACUAUCUCUAGUUUAUGGUGCGAAAAUCAUUCAAGGUUGUCAAGUUUUUAAAAAACUUAUUGGCAUAGAAAGAAUAAUCCAUACUAUUUUCAAAAUAUUUAGUUAUUCUGAUUUUUACGGUUUUCUGUCUUUCAAGUUUUACUCUUGAAAGUCGUAAUUAUGUAUAUACUGAAAUACCUAUUUUUUUGAGUAACCCUGAUUUGUAUGUAUCAAAUAUUUUCAUCUAAUAAAUCCAGUUUUUAAUUCUAUUGAAACAUCUACCAUUGUAUUUACUUGUAAAUCAUAUCCAUUGUUUCAUUGCAAUUGCUACAACUCAGUUGCUCAUCAUGAAGUUAGAUUAAAGGAUUUUUGUAUCUAUAAUUAAAUGAUUGAUGUUAAAAUGACUAGAAUACUUUGAUAUUAUCAUUAUAAGGCAUUUGCAGCAAUCAGCAAGCCAUACUUAUAUAUUCAAUAAUUCAAAAUUUAAACAAAUUUUAAAUGUCAACUAAUAUCAAAUUAAAUAUCUAAUCUAUUGUUCUUUCUGUUGAUCGCUUGAAAUAUUGUAGUCAGAUCUGUAUGACCCAUCUGAUUGGUAAGUCUUAUGGUACUUUUAGGUGUUAGUCUAAGAAAGUUAAUCUUCAAAUAUUUUUGAAUGUUCAAAUAUUAUCUUGGAUAUAAUAUGUAAUAUGUAAAUUGAUUAUAGUAAUACAAAUCAUCAUCAACAACCGGAACUGAAAGAAUUUAAUAUACUUUACAGUGAUGCAUCAAUGACUUGUCAGCUCAGUUAUGUUAACAUUAGGUAGCUAUUUCUUGUGUUAAGAUCUUAGAAUUAUGAUUGUUUUUCUUCUUGGUAAAAAGAAAUUUUUACGUAUACUGGAUUAUGGACCCUAUCAUUGUAAUUUGAUCAUUUUAUCGACCAUCAUCAGUUAGACUGAAUUUAAUCGUUCCUUCCAAGAAAUAAAUACAUAUUUUUUUAAACCUAAAGCAUUGAAUUUGUCGGUAAUUAUAAUAGUAUGUAGAAUAUAUAGACUUUUCGUAAAUUAUAACCUUGGAUACUGUGUUGUGUGCAAUAACUGUGUGACUUCAUUUUCUUGUGUUGUAGAUAGUUGAUCUCUAACAACAAACUAUGUAAACUAGGGAUUUUUUCUUUGUUAUUUCGAUGAAUUUUGUUUCUUUUUCUGUGUUUUGUAUUAGUUAAGAUGUAAGUGAAUUGUUGCACAUCCAUUCACUAACUCACUAGCUGAGUGGUUGGAUUUAUAAUUUGGAAUAAUAUCUGAUAAAAUGAUAUGCAUGUGGUAGACACGAUGAUAAAAAUAGAUUUAUCUCUUCCGUUGUGGUCGAUUACAUGUUGUUCAGUCUGCAGUGAUCUAUUCUCGUAAACGUCCCAGCACAACACACUUUAAGAUAAAAUGGCAGAGUGUGUAUGAAACUUCGAUGAAUCUCUUUAAUCAAUUAUAGUUUACACUUUGUCAACACUAAAUAAUAACUUGAUUGUCAUUGGCUGGGAUUCUGAUUCUCUAUUUUAAUACCAGGUUGUAAUUUAAUAACCUUCAAUAAGCUAUUGAAUGAACACAUAAUUGUAUGUACAUAAUAAGUGAUCUUCUGAAAUAUUCAACCAUCUGUCUCCGGUCACCUCUAUGUUAAGAAAAUCUAAAUUUUCCGCAUGGCUUUCUUGAUAAUCCUGUCUCUCAGUCGUACAUUGUAAUGCGUAUCCGAAUCAAAAACAUAAUUCUAGAUAUUUAAAGGUGCUUUUCAUGCAUUUUUACCCAAGAGACUUCUCAUAACAGUACUGUUAAUAUAACGAAACUGUUCUUUCUAAUAACAGAACUUAAGAUUGCUACCGCAUGAGAGAAAUAGCUCAGUUGUGUGUUAGAGAAAUAUUGGUAGUGAACUAUAUAACGUAAUAUAUUCACAUAAAAUAUUAGCUGUCAUAAUAAUAAACGUACCGUUACGCAAAAAAUAGGGAAUCCCUGAUAGUUAGUAUUGACUUAUUUGUUUGAUGUUUAAUCCCUGUUCAUUAUUCUUACGAUCAAACCAUGUCGGAAAUUAAAUAUCCAUGUAAAUUUCAAGUGUUCUCUGUGGGACCUGAAGGUCUACAGUUCGAACGUGGAUCCAUACAUUUGAAGAGUUCCAUAACAUCUGUUUAGUGCUCCUUCGUUCUCAGUAGUGCUUUAGAUGAGACCAAUAUAUAGGUAGUACGACUUCUCAGUGUCCUUCACUACCGCAAUAUUUUCACUCAAAUAUUUACCAUUGUUUAAGAUCAAUGUAUUUUACACUGAGAAUCCCACAUUGUACCAAAAAUAUAACUUUGAAUAAGGCUAUCAUUUAGUUUGUAUUUUCGCCAAACCAAAUUCAAAUUCAUUAAGUCUACGCUUAUUUACAUAAGUAAGAUAUUUUUAUCAUGUUUCCCAAUUUUUACCGGGUUACGUUUCCAGGAUGAUAGGUGUCUAAAACUGUCCAUUAGCUAAUUUUAUUUUUACUCUGAUUAUCAGAAAAACAAGAUGCAGUUCAUGACGAUCCUGUGGAAUCUCCAGAUUUAGUUACUUCGAAUUCGACAACAAACUUAACAUCGUCAUCAUUGCGCACGUCAGAUCUCAGAAAUUCAGAAUCAAUUAAUGGCUUGUCAGUUACUACAUCAACGUCAAAUGCUGAGUUAGAUCUAAGAGAUCUUGGGAAACAAUUAUCAAUUGGUGUUACACGUGAGAUGGCACGUGAAAUUAAACUGGUAACUAUUUAUUUGUCUUUGGGUUGUCCAGACCGUAUACGUUUUGAAUAUCAAUUUUUCUGCACUAAAGAUAAAGGAUUACAGAAACAAUUGAAUUCAUCUUACUCCGACUUACUAAUAUGUCCACCAUUAGAUCCAGAUGGAGACGGUAUAAGUAAUGGUUUAAGGCGUCUUUUACAUUUGAAUGCCAGUGAUUAUUUACUUCAUCGUGAUUGGGUUUCUCGUCAUCCUAUUCGAAGCAACACGCCAGUCCCUACAUCUUUUCAUUCUUCUCAAGCUAUUCCUAGCGUUAACAUCUCAACAGUUGCUACAGUCGCGGCAACUCAAAGCUGCACAUCAACAUUAUUACCAAAAACAUUAACUGGAAGUCAUCUUUCACAGAUAUCCGAAUUACCUAUUAUGGUUACAGCUCAACAACCUUCAACAGUGACUACCAGUAUUUCAGCAAAGCAACCGACAGUUAUGAUGUAUUCUCAGCCAAAUACUAUACAGGUUCUUAUUAAUGGACAGCCAUCCAUUUUCCAACUGAAUUCCACCUUUUCAGCUUCAAAUCCAAUUAUUUCUUCAUUAUUAACAACAAAUAGUUUAAUGAAGCCUCCAAUAGCUUCAGUUCAAAGUCCAAAAUUAGUCUUAUUACAACAACCAGUUGGACAAAAAAUACAAGUUCCUAUUGUUGAACGACAAUUAGACCAUGAACGACAAGUAACUUCAACUGUAGCAAUAAGUCAAGGACCAUAUAUCCCAUUACUACCGAAACAAUCAACUGUACCCAUUCAAGUCAGUGUAAAAACAUCGACACCAUUAACAGGCACUUUUGUAUCGUCUAGUUCUAUUCCUUCAACGUCCACAUGUAUGAUUGAGAAUGAAAAUAAUUCACCUGUAACUUCAUCGUUAGAAUCGUUAAAGGCAUUUAAUGCACGACGUCGAACUAGUAUUAUAUCACAAGUCAACAAACGUUUAACUGAAAAUUCGAUUCUAACUAAAGAAUUACAAUCAAAACCAUCAACAAUUACAUCUAUUUCAAAUAAUUUACCUCCAUCAUACAAUACUUCAGCAAAUCCUUGUACGACUAAAUCGUCAGUUCAAUCACUUCAGGUAAUCGAUAAUCAAACUUUGACAACAAUCAAAGGUGAUGAAGCAUCUGUUAAUAAUCUACAUUCUAAAUCAAUAACACUUUCAACACCAUCAAAUUCUAAUAAUUUAUGGUCAUCCAUUAAUGUAUCGAAUAAUGAACCGAUGGUAACAACAUCAAUUGUUUUCAAUGAUCAGUUACCUCAAGUUCAUAGCAUAUCGAGCUUAUUAUCAUCUUCACCAAAUUUAUCAUCAUUACAAUCUAAUAAUGUAAUGUCUUUUAUUUCAUUAUCUAAAAAUUCUUUUAAUACAGAUGUUAAUAUGAAUGAUCUAUUGUUAGUCUCAACAGAGACAAAUCAAUGCUCUAUGUCAUCAUCAUCGUUCAGUAAUGAUACACUGGCAUCCCUGUUAAAUACAUUAUGUCCACGUUGUCCUUUAUCUUCUACUCAUGAUAAUCAAAAUAUAUUAACUGAAUCAUCUGCUCGACCUACUGAUAGUACUCUAUCUCCAUUAAAUGAAUUAUCAACGCCAGAUUUACAUAAAACAACAUUCUCUACACCUACAACUAAUGAUGUAAAUGUUUCACUUAAAAUAGAAGAGAAUGCUGAAAAAUCAUUCGACUUUAGAACAAUUGAUUCUGUUUGUAGUUAUCCACCAGUUUCUCCAUCAAUUGGUGAUAUUUCAUUUACUGAUUCAAUGGCUGCUGCUGUAAUGGAUGUACACCAUAUGGAGUUAGAUCAUUCUGAUGGAGAGCAGAGUACCGAUGUUCACUCUGAACCGUUAAAUCUUAUAGCUUCAAAUCUUAUUAUUCAACCUGAUGUUUAUCCAAUAAGACCGUCAUAUGAAUCUCUUGUGGAACAUGAUGAUAUUAAAACUAGAGGUAUUAGUAGAUCUGAAUAUAAUUGCAUAACAAAUGUUGAAGUAUUCCUUCGAAUGAAUACACCACAAUCCAGAAGAAAUUCAGUUGGUCUCAAUUCAACGUUGCAAAUUCCGACUACUUCAUCUAGUUGAGAAACUUAUCAACAAGCGACAGCGAAAUUGUUUUGCCAAACAACUUUUUGCAUUUUAAGGUCGUAUGGCGGCAUUUAAAAAAUAGUCGCUAAAUACAUAUUAUGAAUGUUGAACAAUUACCCGUUAAUUAGCUGAUCAAUGUGAAUACUGACAUGAACCACCGAUUUUAUGUACAAUAAUGAUAUUUUGAAUGGUUG